AGAAGCAAACUGCUCUCUGAUUGGUUCUCGUGGUUACAGGUGCAGGACGUGCAGCUGCUGAAGGAGCUGGGUCCUGGUGGAGGUCAGAUCGGCGUCGUCCAGCAGCUCCUGGAUCAGGGGGCGGACCCCGCCUGUUGCGGCAGUGACGGCCGACACGCUCUGGCGGUUGCCGUGGUGCACGGUCACCAUGACAUACUUCCUGUUUACUCAGCGAGGCGCCGACGUGGACCAGCAGUCCGGACGGAUGAAGAACACGGCUCUGCAUGAAGCUGCAGCUCUGGGACCUGCAGGUCUGCAGUCUGCUCAAGUCCUGCUCAGCUGUAAGGCCGGUGUGCGGCGGAGGAACGCUGGCGGUCAGACGGCGUACGACGUGGCGGUGAACUCCGGCUGUAACGACACGGUGUCUCUGCUCGCUGCUCGGACCGGACGGGACUUACUGGGAAAACUGGGAAAACACAAGCUGAACCUGCAAGUUCUCUGACUGAGCGUCCAGAUGUUGUAAUAACUUUGUACCAACUGCAGCUAAAUGUAAAAAUGUUUUGUGGAUGUUUAGUUUCACUGGAUGCAUUUAGUUUGAGAUUAGAGAAAACUUUCAUUAAUGGUUCUGUGCAUAAAGUCCCUGAUGUCUUUAAUGUCGUUAAUGUUCUGUCACUUUGAUAUGAAACAGAGAAAUGCAAAAAUACUUUACAUGAAAAAUAAUUUAACGAUUAUUAGAUUAUUUUAUUUGAGAUACUUUAAUAAAAACU